AUGGGCAAACGCUCACGCUCAGACUUCGCCGAUGGCGAGGUCAGUCAUCAACCAACCCAAAAAAAGAUGAGAGUUCCGGAUGCGCUGUCUCGCCUUUCGGAGAACGCCGACGACCUCAUCGAGUGCCUGCAGGCCCUCAAGACUCAGAGCGAUCACCCAAAAUUGAUUCGGCGACUGGCCACACUGAGCAACGACCUCCUUCCAAGCUUCAAGACCCUGGCAAAAGGACAUGACGAGAAGCCGGUCGAGGGGGAGACUACCGCCACAGAUCAGCCGAAACCAGAGCCUGCUGAGAGCCCUCGACCAGAAGUGCCAAUACUCACACCGUGGAGGCCAUCAGAAGUCGCAAAGAACCCACCACCUCUUCCAGCCAUCUUAGAUCCAGCUUUGGAAAAGGCGUCAUUCACCCACGCAGGAGCCGCGGAACGUGGCGAGCGAAGCUACGAGCAGCUGGAAUGGCUUGGAGACGCAUACCUCUACUUGAUCUCCACCGCGUACAUUUACAUGACAUUCCCGCAUCUUCCACAUGGUGACAUGUGUCACAUCCGGGAGGUUCUAGUUCGCAAUUCCACACUCGGAGAGUAUUCAAUCCAUUAUGGGUUUGCGAAGGAAGCUAGGCUCCCUAGAGAAUACAGCAUUUCUGGGCGGCAAGGUGGUUCGAAGGCAUCAGAAAAGGAGCGUGCAAAGGUUCUGGGCGACAUAUUUGAGGCCCACGUCGCCGCCAUCAUCCUGUCGGACCCAAUAAGAGGAGUCUCGAGGACGGCGAAGUGGCUCAAGGAAUUGUGGAGCACGACGAUUUCCAAGCAGAUUAAGAAGGAUGCCCAACCUCAGCCAUCUCUUGUCGCUCCCGUGAUGGGCGCCGCGUCACCGGCAGGUUCUCAAGCCGACCUCAAAGCAGCUAAGCAACAGCUGUCUGCACAGCUGGCCCUUUCCAACCCCCGGGUAAACAUCGUGUACAAGUCUGUCGAUGAGAGCAGGACGCUCCGCGACCCGUUGACCAACCUGGUCUUGUACAAGCAGGCGGUUUAUCUGGAGGGCUAUGGCGAGUCGAAAGAACUUGGGACUGGAACGGCCAAGAAGAAGUCGGACGCGAACGAUCUGGCUGCACUGAAUGCGCUGAAGAACAAGAAAUUGAUGAACGUGUACAGGGAAAAGAAGCGGUUGGCUCUGGAGAGCAGGGAGGCUCAGGAGAAGGCAUCCAAGGACCUGGGAUUUUAG